GGGAUCCCCGUCCCCGCCAUUCGCGGGGAUGGGGACGGGGAGGCACUCCCCGGCCCCGCGGGGCCCCGUUGACAUCCCUAUCUCGGACACGGGUGAAACCCCUUUCAGCCUGGCCUAUGGAGCUGAGGCCGUCAUCCCAGUAGAGGUGGGACUGCCAUCUGAUCGAGUAGGCUGGCAUGACGAUCUCAACAAUGAGCAACUGUUGAGAGAAAACCUAGACUUCGUGGAAGAGGUUAGGGAGAUGUCUAGAAUAAGAAACAUGGUGCAUCAAACUCGUGUUGCAAAAUUUUACAAUAAAAGAGUUCGAGCUCGCCAGUUUCAAGUCGGCGAUCUGGUUCUACGCAAAGCUGGAUUGACGAAUGCUCACUUGCACAUGGGCAAGCUCGCGCCUAAUUGGGAAGGACCUUAUAUGGUUAUUUCUAUUCAACGACCUGGGUCUUACCGAUUAGCAGAUUUGCAAGGUCGUCCAUUACCAUUCAUUUGGAACAUACAUAACCUUAGAAAGUUUUACAGUUAAAAGUUAGCUUUACAGUUAAUGUGUAUGUUAUUAGCGUUCAGGCCGUCAUGGAUCAGUUGUAAAUGGCAUUUCAUAGAGAAAUCAAAACACAGAAAGUUA